AUGGCGAUGGUAAUGCUGGGGAUCUGGAGGCCAGGCCUCCCUGCUAGUGUCUGGGGCCUCCCAACUAAGCCUGUGGUCUGGCCUGCCCCGAGACGGGAAGGGCUGGGGGGCAAACCAGCACUCAGGCGGCCAGACCCCCAACGCCACCCACCGACGGUGGGGCUCGGGCCUCACCACCCUCCGCCUCUCUCCCUGCAGGGGGAGUUGCUGAGCCCGUGCCGCUGCGACGGCUCGGUCAAGUGCACGCACCAGCCUUGCCUCAUCAAGUGGAUCAGCGAGCGGGGCUGCUGGAGCUGCGAGCUGUGCUACUACAAGUACCACGUCAUCGCCAUCAGCACAAAGAACCCUCUGCAGUGGCAGGCCAUCUCUCUGACAGUCAUUGAGAAGGUUCAGAUCGCAGCUGCCAUCCUGGGUUCCCUCUUCCUCAUCGCCAGUAUCUCUUGGCUCAUCUGGUCGACCUUCAGCCCCUCAGCAAAAUGGCAGCGCCAAGACCUCCUCUUCCAGAUCUGCUACGGGAUGUAUGGAUUCAUGGAUGUGGUGUGCAUAGGCCUCAUCAUCCAUGAGGGACCCUCCGUGUACCGCAUCUUUAAACGGUGGCAGGCUGUCAACCAGCAAUGGAAAGUGCUGAACUAUGACAAGACGAAAGACCUGGAGGAUCAAAAGGCAGGAGGCAGGACCAACGCCCGGAUGUCCUCGUCCACCCAGGCCAACGCGCCCCCCUCCGGAGAGGAGGCUGUGGGCACCCCUGCCCCUGAGGAAGGCCCUGCCCGGGCGGCCAGCCACCCCUCAGGCCCUCUGUCCGAUCACCACUGUGCUUACACCAUCCUGCACAUCUUGAGUCACUUAAGACCUCAUGAACAGCGGACCCCCCAGGGCGGCAGCCGAGAGCUGGUCAUGAGGGUCACGACGGUGUGAGAGGAGAGACCUGGGAGGGAGCUGUGACCACACAUGCACGCACGAGAGCGAGGAGAGCAGGGGCCGGGGAGGGCCGCCCCUGACAGGACGCCAUCUGGGGAGCAGGUGUGGGGAGGCAUGGAGGCACCCCAGGGGCCAGAGGGCAGGCGGUGGGGGGUGGGUGCCUUGAGGGGCCUGGGGGCAGGACUGGAGCUGGAGGGAGGCUGGCGCUGUGAGCGGUUUCCUGAUUUCCAACCGGUCAAUACCAUUCUCCAACAAGCACGAGGAAAACCAAUACAAACUCAGCGACGAAGUGCAAUACAUACUGAGCCUAACAAAACACAACAACAGAGGCACCCAGAUGU